UUGAAUACAAGAGUCUUAUUGCUGCUGUGCCUGGCGCAGCCCAGGCAGUAGGUGCUUCAGUUCACAUGUGGCAGUCCCUGCGAGAAGAAGGGACGCGUCACGAAGCGGUUCCUGUUGCCGUUAUUUUGAACCAUGAAUUUACGUUUUGUUCUUUCUUUGCCCCUAUGGCCACUAAGGAAAGGCGGAUUACAUGUGUCGCUGAAAGGACAUCGGCUCUGUCAUGUCAGCGCUACCCAUUCGAAACGACGUUUUCGAGUCUCGUGGUCUAAGAAUCUGCUGUGCCCAUGGGGUGUUGGCGACAGGGUUGCGGGAUGUGCCCGCAACGCCGCUCCGCUGAGCACGGUUACUUCGGACAGCGGUCGAGACAUGACAAGCUGGCUCUGGGGGCUAUACAAGGACACCAAAAAGCAGACUGAAGAUUUGAUUCCCCUGGUUGCAUGCAACUUGCUGGACCCAGAUGCCAUCUUUGCCAAUAAUGAAAUGAGUUUGGAAGACAUAGAGAUUUAUGGUUUUGAUUAUGACUACACUCUGGCUUUCUAUUCAAAAGACCUUCACACACUCAUAUUCAAUAUUGCCCGAGAUAUACUGGUUGGAGAGCAUCGGUAUCCUGAAGGACUUCGGGCUUAUGAUUAUAUACCUGACUUUGUGAUUAGAGGACUGCAUUAUGAUGUCCAAAAGGCUUUACUGAUGAAGAUUGAUGCCUUUCAUUACAUUCAAUUAGGAACUGUAUACAGGGGGCUUCAUCCUGUUUCUGAUAAAGAAGUUGUUGCCAUGUAUGAAGGUUCACAUGUGCCCUUGGAACAGAUGAGUGAUUUUUAUGGAAAGAGCUCUCAUGGCCAUACAAUGAAGCAGUUUAUGGAUAUCUUCUCUCUCCCAGAGAUGACGUUGCUUUCUUGUGUUAAUGAUUACUUCAUGAGGCACAAUAUUGACUAUGAACCUGUUCAUCUUUACAAAGACGUUAAGGAGUCCAUUGGAGAUGUCCAUGUGAAGGGUAUAUUAUAUCGUUCUGUUGAAGCUGAUAUUGAAAAGUAUGUGUGUUAUGGGGAGCAGACCCAGGCAGUGCUGAGGAAACUGGCUGAUCAUGGAAAGAAGAUGUUUCUUAUCACAAACAGCCCAUUUGAUUUUGUAAACCGUGGCAUGAACUAUAUUGUUGGGAAGGACUGGAGAGAUCUUUUCGAUGUGGUCAUUGUACAGGCGGACAAGCCAGAUUUUUUUAAUGAUCGACGGAAGCCAUUUCGUAAAGUGAAUAAUAAAGGGGUGUUGCUAUGGGAUAGGAUUCAUGAGCUGGAAAAAGGACAAAUCUACAAGCAGGGAAAUCUGUAUGAAUUCCUUAGACUAACUGGUUGGAGAGGAUCAAAAGUGCUGUAUUUUGGAGAUCAUAUUUACAGUGACCUAGCUGACUUGACUCUCAAACAUGGCUGGCGUACAGGGGCCAUUAUUCCUGAGCUCCGAUCAGAAAUAAAAAUAAUGAACACCAAGGAGUUUGUGGAUACCAUGACUUGGCUGCAGGGGCUCACUGGACUACUGGAACGUAUGCAGGUGUAUCGAGAUGCUGAGUCCCAGAUGGUUCUUCGGGAGUGGAUCAAAGAAAGAGAAGGAAUGAGAUCAAAAACAAAGAACAUCUUUAACCCACAGUUUGGUAGUCUCUUCAGGACAUACCACAACCCCACCUACUUUUCCCGCCGUCUUUCUAGGUUUGCUGAUAUUUACAUGGCAUCACUUAGUUGUUUGCUGAAUUAUGAUCUUCAUCACACGUUCUUUCCCAGACGUAAUCCACUUCAACAUGAAGCCCCUGUUUGGACUGACCAGAUAUGUGCUGGAACCUUGAAAAAUCCUUUCCAAGCUAAAAUGGACAAUAUUGGGUAGAUCUUUUAUUGGAUCUAGUUUAUUGUUGUAAAACUGGAUUCUGGAGAUCAUAUUUAUUUACUUUGUUAUAACGGACUCGACUGUACAGAGGAGUAUUUGAAGAAGAGAAAUUUACUUUGCACAGAAAUGCCUUUUGAGCAUCAGUAUAAAAUAGCAUGUUGAAAUAACCUGUAGAGCAGGGUUGUGUAAAGACAUUUUAUGUCUUCUUUUCGUAGAUGCCUUAUUAUUUCUACUGAUUUUUCUGUCAUUAACAUCUUUAAGAAAAUGAACUCUAACAGGACUUGUUCAGUGCCAUGGUGUCCUCUGGUGAUAAUUUUAGUUUUUUCUUAGUUGCAUAUUAUGCUUCAUAAUAUAGAUUAUACUUUUUCAUUUAUGAUAAUUAAAAAUUGUUGGUGGAAUUAGGUAUUUAUUACAGUGAAUAAGGAUGGUAUCCUCAAACACUAGUUAAGUAGGGAAUUGACUUAGCAAGACAAUGUUGAACAAAAUAAGGGAAAAUAGACUAUUGGUAUUAGGUAAUGAGUUUUGUUUUUCUAUUUUUCUUUUUAUUGGUCCAGUUUACUAUUCUUUUUAUUUACUGUUUUUGCAAUACAUCAUGUAUUAUUUUCUUGACAUAAUUAUUUCAGGUGCCUGAUAAUAUUUUAUUGGGCUAUUUGUCUCAACAACCAAACUUUAUGCUGGAUUAUUAUUAACAAGUGUCAUUUUUGAAUGAUAUGUUUGGACUAUAAUCUUUUUAUAUGUGUGCGUGUGUUUUUAUCCUGAGAAAUGCUGGUAUUUGACUUUAAAUUGUCAUUGUUCUCUAAGGUUUACCUUUUCUGAUUUAUUUUUGCUUAUCUUUUCGUUACUUACAACAUAAUAUAUAUGGUUUGUUGUGUGUGUUUUUAUUGUUUGACUGGCAAUGAAAAUACAGUAGAUUAUAGUUCCUAAAAGAAUGUCUUUGUUGUGAUAAGUAAAAUUUACUAUUAUUUUUAAACCUGAACUUAAAUGUUGCUAUAUUUUAACUAGAACCUAGUCCUGCUAGCAGAUGUUGUGCAUAUAUAUUGCUGUGGUGUGUUAGGACAAACCAUUUAAACAGUUAAUGCUUUAACAUUAACUGAUAACAGUAAUGUGUGGUUAUCCUCAGUAGCAGUCUCAUAUAAAUUGACUUUGCAAUCUCACCUUUGUUCUGCAGUAUGGCUACACAAGAAUACUUGUAUUUAUAAAAUCUUGUUUUAACACAUAUAGAAUUACUUAACAAAAAAGGGGAGGUGGAGUUUUCUCAGGCCCAUAAUCAGGAAUAGUCUUUCAUUCAUCUGGAGGCAGUAUGUAAGAAGAUGAGUGGAGGCUGAUAUCCAUGUACCAGUGGUGCUUCCCAUAAGAACUGGCCAUCAUUAUUACAUCAAGAAAUAUACUGUAUUAAGCCAAACAUAUGCAAGAUUUCAUUGCUUGGCAACUCUUGUCUUGAAUGCACGUCAGUUUUGGCUUUAUGCAAAGAAAUUAUGAAGCUAUUUUGUUGAUUUCAAAAUGUUUAUGAAAUACAGUGUUUUAUGGCAUUCAGUUUAUACAGUACAUUUACAGGAAAAUUUGUAGACUCCUGGGUUUUAGUUAAUGAAAAUUAUGUUUUUCUGCCUAAUGCUAAAUUAAAUCAUUGUUUAGCUUCAACAUUUUUUUGCAGUAUAAGAAAGCUGGUCAGUUUCCACAGGGCAUUAAAAAAAUGACAAUCAUGCUGACAUUUUGUGAAACCUCCAUUCUUUUCUCAUGGACUUUACAAUAUGCAUAUUAGUGUGCACAGAAUUUAGCUUUAAAGGCAGAACUGUGAUUUGGACAAUCUGUAUUCAUGACAUUGUAAACACUUUUAAAAAUGCUGCAGUGUAAAAUGGAAGUCUUGUACUGAAAGUUUAGAAUGACAUUAAAUAUACAACAAUACAAUCUUCACUUGAAACAUCCAAGUAAUUUUGCACUGUUUUGUUUUAUGUAUAAUACAAAUGAUAGUAACAAAAUGUUUUAGAUUUAUAUCUGUGGAGCAACGUUAACCACAUGCAAGUGAUCUAUGCGAAUAAACAUUUUUAUGUUAUCUC